AUGCAGGCGUGGGUCGUGCUUUUCCGUGGAGCUCGCCACGCCGCGAGCGGGUCUGUGCCGACACCUCUGCUCACCCCAUCGCUGCCGUGGUGGGCUGUGCAGUGGGUGACGGGGCUGCGGGCACUGCAGCGGCACCGCGGCGGGUUUCGCAAAAAUGAUGAAAUGAAGGCUAUGGAAGUAUUGCCAAUUUUAAAGGAAAAAGUUGCAUACCUUUCAGGUGGCAGAGAUAAGCGUGGAGGUCCCAUUCUAACAUUUCCAGCUCGUAGUAAUCAUGAUAGAAUACGGCAAGAAGACCUUAGAAGAUUAAUUUCAUACCUAGCUUGUAUUCCUAGUGAGGAAGUAUGUAAACGAGGAUUCACCGUCAUUGUAGAUAUGCGUGGGUCAAAAUGGGACUCCAUAAAGCCUCUGCUGAAGAUUUUACAGGAAUCUUUUCCAUGUUGUAUUCAUGUUGCACUGAUAAUCAAGCCAGACAAUUUCUGGCAGAAACAGAGGACUAACUUUGGCAGCUCUAAGUUUGAGUUUGAGACAAAUAUGGUGUCUCUGGAAGGCCUUACCAAAGUAGUUGAUCCUUCUCAGUUAACCCCAGAAUUUGAUGGCUGUUUGGAGUACAACCAUGAGGAGUGGAUAGAAAUCAGAGUUGCCUUUGAGGACUACAUUAGCAAUGCAACCCAUAUGCUGUCCAGACUGGAGGAAUUGCAAGAUAUAUUGUCAAAAAAGGAAAUGCCUCAGGACCUGGAAGGUGCUCGCAAUAUGAUAGAGGAGCAUUCACAAUUAAAAAAGAAAGUCAUUAAGGCCCCUAUCGAGGACCUUGAUGUGGAAGGGCAAAAGCUGCUCCAGCGGAUACAGAGCAGUGAUAGCUUUCCCAAAAAGAACUCUGGGUCAGGGAAUGCAGACUUACAGAACCUUUUACCCAAAGUAUCUACCAUGCUGGACAGGCUGCACUCAACACGGCAGCAUCUGCAUCAGAUGUGGCAUGUGCGGAAAUUGAAAUUGGACCAAUGUUUUCAGCUCAGGCUUUUUGAGCAGGAUGCUGAAAAGAUGUUUGACUGGAUCACACACAACAAAGGUCUGUUUCUGAACAGCUACACGGAGAUCGGAACCAGUCAUCCCCAUGCAAUGGAGCUUCAGACACAGCACAAUCACUUUGCCAUGAACUGUAUGAAUGUGUAUGUAAACAUAAACCGCAUCAUGUCGGUAGCAAAUCGCCUGGUCGAGUCUGGCCAUUAUGCUUCACAGCAAAUAAAACAGAUUUAA